AUGAAUUUGGUCAGCAUUGAUGUGCAGAGCCAACUGCUGAAAGCCAAAGGCUUUGAGGAGACAAUCGAGGUUUUGAAGCAUGCAAGCUUCAAUAGCCAGGUUAUUUUCACAGAGCCCGCCGACGUUGGCUUUUCCUGCAUUGCCCGCAAGCGUGCUUUCCAGAUCUUUGUAGAUAGAACCAAGGGCCGCUUUGUGGCAAACCCAGCAGAAAUUUAUCAAGCUCUCUGUGAUGGUUUGGGCAGCAGGCAUUUGACCAUUGGCCACUUGAUGGACUUUGCAUCCAGCGAGGAUCUCAAGCUGGAAUUGGGGCUGCAGGGAAAGUCUAUGGACUCAUACCCAGGGAACCUUUUGUCUUCUUUUGAGACCAAGAACAAGGAUGAGUAUGAGAGAAUCCUUUCAAACAAAUAUUCGGAUGGCAUCCCUGCAGACCAAGUGUAUUGCCUUGGGCAGAAUCCUCUAAAAGUUCCCAAGUUGAGCAACGGUGGAGUGAUGCCAGCAUUUACGAAAACGGACAAAUUGCUGUGGCACCAUGGUCUGAAGCGGCAUGUGCUGGCAAUUGAAAAAUUUGCAGCGCAUGGCAUCGGUGUGACGGCUGAUCUUGCAAAGCUACUGGGCACUCCAGUCUUCAAUGUGACCCAGAUGAAAAACCCUCACCCAGUUGCUGGCAAUGGGCAGCACGCAGCUGUUGCUGCUUUGGUCCUGGCUUCUGCCUUGCUGUCGAUCGAACUGUUUGAAGAGCUCCCUGAACCAACCAAGCCUUUGGCAUCACCUUCAAGCAAUGAUGAUCGCAAGCAGGCUGGGACAUGUUUUGCAUAUAGUCCCAAAGUCCCAAGUCCCAAGUCAGCGACCUCUCAUAUAUAUAUAGUAUAUCUAUUCAUAUAUGCAUGUGACUGUGUGGGUUAUAUAUAUAUAAAUGAAACAAUUGAACAACAUCUGUGUAUAUAUAUAUAUAUGCCGGUGCGGAAAGCACCCAGCUGUACAGGUCCAAGCUGA